CAAUGUGUUGACAGUUUUUGACGUGCCUCGCGUUGUGAGUCAUGUGACCUAAUGCCGGCAUAGGAACCACGUGAUCAAACACUUGACAAGAUAACGAAAAAAUGCGUCGGUACCUACACUUUGGUGUUUAUGAUCAUUCUUAUUAUUAUGCUAAGCUUCUUUGGGGUUACCUGUUGGAUUACGAGGCGCUGUGUUACAGACAAUUCAAAUCGGAUUUCUUUUCUAAGAUGGGAGACGUCGGGGUAUUGUUAAGUUGCAUUUUAUUGGGGGACGUUACGGAGACUGAUGGCCAAUCAAAGAACGAGGAACAAGAAGCGUUGAGAGAAAGCGGAGAAACGCCGACCAAUGACAGUGUCGUACUUGCAAAAUCUGUUGUGACGCAUGAUCAAAGUGCUCCAAACAGUGACGGCUUUUUAACGAAGGUGCAGGCAAACAUGAGAGAACAGACGGAGGAAUCGCGCAAUGGCGAAUGUGGGAUUUUUACAGAAGGUACUGAUGGAAUCUCGGAUGAAAGUAAAUCUGUCUCGUACAGUAGAGAAGAGCGGAGUUCUGAGAACAGUUCUCUGAGAAGACUUCCAAACUCGGGUGACGUCCAAAGUGAGGAUGCCGGGUGGAAAGGUCGUUCCGGUAGCGGAAAUGAAGCGAUAGGACAAUGCUCGUUUGUUUCAACCAGCGCUGACGAGAAAAGAGAAGGUCGUGAUUUAAGUAGUGGCCCAGCUGGGAAUGCGGUCCUAUCUUCCGGGACGUUCAGUUCAGAAAACAUGACGGAAACAGAGUUCCAUUUACAGGGUCACGUCACUCAACAAUGUGAUAAUGACGUCUCACGUCAAAGUUCUAAAAAUAGCCGAGAGAGCUCCUCUUCUGAUUCUCUCUCAAACUCCGCGGAACGGCAAACUGGGAAGAUGACGUCUGCAGCAGACGACAACACUGGAGCUUCUGACGUCAGAGAUUGGAGAGAGAAUGGCAAGGGAAAAGACUCUCUCUUUAAUCUUUUGGCCCGCCCAAACGCUGGUGGGACAAUGAAUGUUGCCACCAGAGAUGGAAUGAGAGAGGAAGAAGAUGACACAGUUGUGGUUGAUGCCGCUCCAAAAGUUACAGCGACUGACACUGAAAGUACGAUAGCCUGUGUCCAUUCAGAGAUCCCCUGUUCCGGAAGCAUUGGAUUAUCCAGACAAGAACUGACCAUGAGGAGAGACAGUAACCUUCAAGCUGUGGACAGGAUACUUGACUACCUCCUUGGGGCCAAAGACAUCCCCGGCAAUCAGCUAAUGGUGAACAUCCCAGACAUGGAGAGACUCCUGGAAGAGGCAAGGGGGGUGUUGUUGAGUCAACCGGCGCUGCUAGAGGUAGAGGCUCCUGUCAAUGUUUGUGGUGAAGUAUCCAGACAGGGUUUUCCUUAUACGCGGCAACCACGAGACAAUCUCCAUCAACAGACUCUUUGGCUUUUAUGAUGAGUGCAAACGGCGAUAUAACAAGAAGGUGUGGAGACGUAUAAACGACUGCUUCAACUGUCUGCCAUUUGCUGCCGUAGUGGAGGAUAAAAUCUUUUGUUGUCAUGGAGGCCUGAGCCCAGAGCUCCGGUCUAUGGAGCAGAUCAAGAGAAUCGUGAGACCAACUGACAUUCCCGAUGAGGGUCUUCUAACCGACUUACUCUGGGCAGAUCCGAACCCGCACCACUGCGGAUUUGAACGCAACAUCGCUCGAGGAAUCUCCUUCACCUUCGGCAUGGACGUCCUGAGUCGGUUCCUUGAGAGACAUCAGCUUGAGCUGGUCUGUCGCGGGCAUGAGGUACCCCCAGAGGGCUUUCGGUUCCUCGGCAAGAAACAGUUGGUCACAUUGAUCUCAGCGCCUAACUACGGCGGUCUCCAUGGCAACGACGGGGCCAUCAUGCAUAUCGACAAAGAUCUGAUGUGCUCUUUCAAGAUCCUGAAGCCAGUACCCAAAAAGUCUGUGUACCGGUUCACGAACCGCGCUCUCUCGGUGGACACGGACUUUGUGUCUGUUGUCACAGACUCGGCAGACCAGCAGGGCCUUCAGGAGACGCCACCCGGUGACGUAUCAGGGGACAGUCAUGACAUCAACGGUACUAGCGAUGACGUGUUUGAUGGUGAUAACAACAGUAACAAGCACGCAACUGUUGGGAAAUCUCACUGUUGGGAGACGACGAAUGAGUCACCAGAACCGGUCGUGACCCAGGACACAGGGGAAGAAACUCGCCCUGGACACAGGGUCAACUCGUCGAACAGCUCAAAGAAAAAUGUUAAAGAUGGAACAAACGACGGAAAAGAUCUUGAGAAUAACGGUGAGAUUUUUACACCGGGGAAGCCAAGGCGCCGUUCAUGGCCACGCAGGGGCAGCUGGACCGGUCGGAAUUUCUGGGACCUUUUUCUUCCCACACCUUCCAAUGUUCAAGUUCACAGCGUAGACUUGAAAUCCAGCCCUGAAAGUGUACACGGUGUUGGUUUUCUACAUAGUUCCUCACAACUCGCGUCCAAAGAGGAGAUGAAGAAUUAUCUGGAACAAUAUCUAUACGAGGAAGACUUCAAGUCCACUUCUCAAGAACAUAACGUGGAAGGUGAAGGUCGGUCUUCUACAACAAGACAUAGGAUGUCUCACUCCACGCGUCUGUCCCGUCUGUCUGCCAACAUAGCUCGUUUGUACCAAGACUUGACGCGGCGAUCUGGAAACAGACAGAUGAAGAAGAAAGAGUGGGCUCUCAUGUGUGAGGAGAUGGCCAGGGAAAUCAUGUAUGCCAAAGCAGAAGUUGAGACUGACGUGGAGGAGAGUGUUGAACUCGACGACGUAUGGGGUGAGUUCGUGUCUGUAAAGAACAAAAACCUCGGAAAGACCACGUCUUCCCGUGACGCCAUUGACGGGCGUCAUCAGUUUGGGUUGUCACGGGACACCUACAUCAGUGAUGAUUGGACGAGAGAGAAUGCACUCCUCUACCAAUCAACGAUGAGUCUGAUGAAGAGGGGAAGCGACCCUAUGGAGAUAACAGAUGAGAAGGAGAAGAAGGAGGGGGAGUUUGAGAGGAGCAGAAGUAGCAGCGUCAGUCUGGGGUUGUCCGGGAAUGUGAAUGAGACUGACCGGGAGUUGUCUAGUUCUCAGAGUUAUGACGGGUGUUUGCCCACCGUUGUGGUGGUGGACUGUUCCGGAGACAGCCUCUAUGUGGACGUGGAGGAGAGUCAGGAGACGGUGGCCAUUGAGAACAGCGGAGAGUUCGCUGCUCUACAGAACAUGUCGGUGUGAAACAAGCUGAGAGAGAGAGAGAGAGAGAGAGAGAGAGAGAGAGAGAGAC